GCCGCCAUUUCGCGGCGAGGGAAAACGGGAGGAAUUUCCAAUCCCAUGGAGCCGCUCUACCUCGACGUGAUGCACGAGAGCUACGAGACCCUCAUGGCCCUGGCUCGGGGGCUGCUGGCGGAAAAUCCGGCGCCGAGAGGACGCCGGGAGAGCGGCGCCGGCGCGGCGCGGCCGAAACUGCUCGGCUCGCCCCGGCGCAAAGCGCGGCGUCCCGGCAGAGCCGCGCCGGCGGCGUUUGCCGAAAUGGACGUCGCCAAAAUGGACGUUUCCAAAAUGGAUGUCGCCAAAAUGGACGUCGCCAAAAUGGACGUUGCCAAAAUGGAUGUCGCCAAAAUGGAUGUUUCCAAAAUGGACGUCGCCAAAAUGGACGUCUCCAAAAUGGACGUCUCCAAAAUGGACGUUGACAAAAUGGACGUCGCCAAAAUGGAUGUUGCCAAAAUGGACGUCGCCAAAAUGGAUGUUUCCAAAAUGAACGUUGCCAAAAUGGAUGUUUCCAAAAUGGACUUCGCCAAAGUGAACGUCGCCAAAAUGGACGUCGCCAAAAUGGAUGUUUCAAAAAUGGAUGUUGCCAAAAUGGAUGUGUCCAAAAUGGACGUCGCCAAAAUGGACGUUUCCAAAAUGGAUGUGUCCAAAAUGGACGUCGCCAAAAUGGAUGUUUCCAAAAUGGACGUUGCCAAAAUGGACGUCGCCGAACUCGAGGUCGCCGAACGGCGGCGCCGCCCGUUGGCGUGCGGCGAGUGCGGCAAGAGCUUCCGCUGGGCGUCGCACCUGCGGCGCCACCGGCGCGUCCACACCGGCGAGCGGCCCUACGGCUGCGCCGAGUGCGGCGAGGCCUUCAGCCAAAUCCCCCACCUGGCCAAGCACCGCCGCAGCCACGCCGGGCGGCGGCCGCGGCCGCGGCGGCGCGAGACGUCCCGCCGGAUCGCCGAGCCGGCGCGGCGCCGCGAAUGCGGGACGGCGGCGAGGGAGCGGCGGCCGCACCGCUGCGGCGACUGCGGCAAGGGCUUCGCCUGGGCGUCGCACCUGCGGCGCCACCGGCGCGUCCACACCGGCGAGCGGCCCUACGGCUGCGCCGAGUGCGGCGGCGCCUUCAGCCAGGCCUCGCACCUGGACAAGCACCGCCGCAGCCACCGGGCCAAAAUGGCGGCGGGCGCGGCGCCCGGCGGGGACGCGGCGGGAGAUCGCGGGAGGGAGGAUCCAUAAGGAAUAUGGCACCCGAUGGAUGUGGAGAGACUAAAAAUUGGGUUGGGGACGCGCCAAAGGACGCCAAAUUUGGGGGAUCUUGGUCAUGGUUCAACGGGGAUGCGCCAGGAGAGAGGAUCCCUAAGGAAUUUGGUGCUGGUGGAUGUGGAGAGACUAAAAAUUGUGUUGGACACCAAAAUUGGGGGAUCUUG